UCUUGAAAUGCUUCUAAAAUUACUGAAAUGUUCCUGAGACAUUCUUGACACACCCUUAAAGUUGCAGAAAUGUUCCUGAAACUUUCUUAAAAAGCUCCUAAAGUUCCUGAAACGUCCCUGAAAUGCUCCUGAACUCUGAAUGACCUCACCACUCGACUCUGGAGUUGUUUUUCAAGAGUGUUAGCACAUCAUUGCAGUAUGUCAACCAGCACAGAGCUGCCGUUAUGCUGCCCGACCUGCGGAGAGACGUGCGGGUUUGGAGAGCACCUGUCCAGCACCUGUCUGACCCCUCGCCGGAGCUCCGAGGGCGGACUGAUGUCCCUGUACGCCCAGCAAGAGACCGAGAUCAUCAGUCCUCUGCGACUGGAGCUUCUGGAUGCCCUGAGUUUGGCCCGUCCACUUCGAAACGUUCUCCUUCAGAGGGACUCACCCACCGUCCUGCCCUCGUCUCUGUCUCCAGUGCUAGCGGUCACCAUGAGCUCCAGAGCCGCAGAGGCAGAUGCUGGACACGCUGUGGCCCAGCUAGGAGUGCCUUGGCUGGGCAGGCUGGCGCUGGAGGCCCGUCUUCAGCAGCUGGCACUGGAGGUCCAGGAGCGUGUGUCACUCAAACUGGAGGCGCUGCAGGACGAGGUGCAGCGGAGGAGCGUGGAGGUGAGGCGGGCCAGGAGAGAGAGCGAGGGCUUGCACAGAGAGAAGCGGCAGGCGGAAGAGCGGACGGCCGAACUGGAGCGGCAGGUGGAUAUUUCCGUGGAGAUGCUGGCCAGCCUCAGAUACAAGCUGAGAGAGAGAGACGAACAACUGCGGCGCAAACAACAGGAAGUGUGUGACCUGGACAGGUUUGUGAGGGACACGGCGCUCCAGGAAGCCACUGCAAAGAUCCGUCUGCAGCGCUUCAUCGAGGACCUGCUGGAGAGAGCCGAGAGAGCCGAGACGCAGCUGCAGAACCUCUGCGAUGAUGUCACUUCCCCUCACAGACACCUGGCAGGAAGCAGAGCGUCAGGCUACCAGAGGAGCUACAGCGUGUCUGGGAUGAGCAGGAGAUCUUCUCGUCUGUCUGAUCACAGAGCUGCUCAAAACUACAGGUUCGAGAGGAGGAUGUGCACGCUGUCGGUGGGCUCGGGCGGCUGUGAGGGUCACUGCUCACUCCAACACACACACACUGACCACGAUUCAGACCACUGGUCACUUUAUACGACAGAAUCACAGGACGACACACAGCAACACACUGGAUACAGGACCUACAGCUGCAUAGGUCCAGAUCUGCACUGGUGUGUGAACAGAGCCAGUGAAUCGGCCGUGUGUUCGGAGCGUCUGCGGCUCACAGCGGCGCUCUUCUGUGUGUUCACGUAUCUGGACACGCGCUCGCUGCUCACCGCUGCUGAGGUGUGUAAGGAUUGGUGCAGUGUUGCACGUCAUCCUGCUGUUUGGACCACAGUAACACUGGAAAACGCACGUGUGUCAUCGAAGUUCCUGAUUAAUCUGUCUCAGUGGUGCUGUCAGACUCAGUCUCUCGUUCUUCACAACCUCAAACCUCGAUCUCGUGGCAAGGAAGAGAGCAAAGACCAGUACUUACGCAACACCAGGGGCGGACUGGAGGCGGGGCUGGAGGCGGUGCUGAAGUCAGGGGGGCGGAGUCUCGUCACUCUGAGCAUCUCUCAUUGCUCCAACAUUCUGACGGACAGGUCGCUGUGGCUGGUCAGCUGUCACUGUCGCUCGCUGCAGUCGCUCACAUACAGGAGUGAUUCGGAUCCGGUGGGACAGGAGGUGAUCUGGGCUCUGGGAGCGGGAUGCAGGGACAUCACGACGCUCCGGAUCACUCCUCUACAGCCGUGCCUGCAGCCUGGUCGCUUCGGUAACCGCUGCUUGCAGACGAUUGGCCGCUGCUGGCCGAACCUGUGUCGGGUGGGUGUGGGCGGGGCCAGCUGCGGCCUGCAGGGAGUGGCCUCUCUGGUGAGGAGCUGUGUGAACCUGUGUGAGCUGGAGCUGGAUCACAUGAGUGAAGUGAACCAGGAGUCAGCGGCGGAGAUCUGCAGAGACGGACUCCAGCAGCUGCACACGCUCAGCUUCAUCUCCACACCUGUCACCUCCAGAGCCCUUCUGCACUUCAGCAGUGUGUGUGUGAGUCUGAAGUGUGUGGUGGUUCAGUUGAGUAUCUCUGAUUACUUCGAGGAUGCCGAGAAUGAAGAAGCCAAGAGAUUAUUUGAGGAGAUCAUCAACAAACUACAGGCGUUGAGAAAGCGGCCGGGUCUGAGUGAAGUCCUGCAGAUCAGGGUCGAGAAACACUGA